GGAGGCCGAGAAGGCUGUGGUUGCUUCAGCCGUCGCAUCCCCGAGGGAGUCGUGUCGGCUAUUCGCUGUCCCGUAGGUCCGCCGAUCGGCCCGCGGGCUCGUGUGUACGCUCCCGACCUCGCCAGCCGCUCGCCGCUCGUCCUGUUGACCGCGCUGCCUGCAUCAUGUGCGGAAUAUUUGCUUACUUAAACUACCAUGUUCCUCGCACAAGACGAGAAAUCUUGGAGACCCUAAUCAAAGGCCUUCAGAGACUGGAGUACAGAGGAUAUGAUUCUGCUGGUGUGGGAUUUGAUGGAGGCAAUGACAAAGAUUGGGAAGCCAAUGCCUGCAAAAUCCAGCUCAUAAAGAAGAAAGGGAAAGUGAAAGCACUGGAUGAAGAAGUUCACAAACAACAGGAUAUAGAUUUGGAUAUAGAAUUUGACGUACACCUUGGAAUAGCUCAUACUCGUUGGGCAACACAUGGCGAACCCAGUCCUGUCAAUAGCCAUCCCCAGCGCUCUGAUAAAAAUAAUGAAUUUAUUGUUAUUCACAAUGGAAUCAUCACCAACUACAAAGACUUGAAAAAGUUUUUGGAAAGCAAAGGCUAUGACUUUGAAUCUGAAACAGACACAGAGACAAUUGCCAAGCUUGUUAAGUACAUGUAUGACAAUCGGGAAAGUCAAGAUACCAGUUUUACUACCUUGGUGGAGAGAGUUAUCCAACAACUGGAAGGUGCUUUUGCACUUGUCUUUAAAAGUGUUCAUUUUCCUGGCCAAGCAGUUGGUACAAGACGAGGCAGCCCUCUGUUGAUUGGUGUUCGAAGUGAGCAUAAACUCUCUACUGAUCACAUUCCAAUACUCUACAGAACAGGGAAAGACAAGAAAGGAAGCUGCAAUCUCUCUCGUGUGGACAGCACAACUUGCCUUUUCCCUGUUGAAGAAAAAGCAGUGGAGUAUUACUUUGCUUCUGAUGCAAGUGCUGUCAUAGAACACACCAAUCGCGUCAUCUUUCUUGAAGAUGAUGAUGUCGCAGCGGUGGUGGAUGGCCGUCUUUCUAUCCAUCGAAUUAAACGAACUGCCGGAGAUCACCCUGGACGAGCUGUGCAAACCCUCCAGAUGGAACUCCAGCAGAUCAUGAAGGGCAACUUCAGUUCAUUUAUGCAGAAGGAAAUUUUUGAGCAGCCAGAGUCAGUUGUGAACACCAUGAGAGGAAGAGUCAACUUUGAUGACUAUACUGUGAAUUUGGGAGGUUUGAAGGAUCACAUUAAGGAGAUCCAGAGGUGUCGGCGUUUGAUUCUUAUUGCUUGUGGAACAAGUUAUCAUGCUGGUGUAGCAACGCGUCAAGUUCUCGAAGAGCUGACUGAGUUGCCUGUUAUGGUGGAGCUGGCCAGUGAUUUCCUGGAUAGAAACACGCCGGUUUUUCGAGAUGAUGUUUGCUUUUUCAUUAGUCAGUCAGGUGAGACAGCAGAUACCCUGAUGGGUCUUCGGUACUGUAAAGAGAGAGGAGCUUUAACAGUGGGAAUCACAAACACGGUCGGCAGUUCCAUAUCAAGGGAGACAGAUUGUGGCGUUCACAUUAAUGCUGGGCCUGAGGUUGGCGUGGCCAGUACAAAGGCUUACACCAGCCAGUUUGUAUCCCUUGUGAUGUUCGCCCUUAUGAUGUGUGAUGACAGGAUCUCCAUGCAAGAGAGACGCAAAGAGAUCAUGCUUGGAUUGAAGCGGCUGCCUGAUUUGAUUAAGGAAGUACUGAGCAUGGAUGAUGAAAUUCAGAAACUGGCAACUGAACUUUAUCAUCAGAAGUCGGUCUUGAUAAUGGGACGUGGCUAUCAUUAUGCUACUUGUCUUGAAGGGGCACUGAAAAUCAAAGAAAUCACUUACAUGCACUCUGAAGGCAUCCUCGCUGGUGAGUUGAAACACGGCCCUCUGGCUUUGGUAGAUAAGUUGAUGCCUGUCAUCAUGAUCAUCAUGAGAGAUCACACUUAUGCGAAGUGUCAGAAUGCUCUUCAGCAGGUGGUUGCUAGACAGGGACGGCCAGUAGUGAUUUGUGAUAAGGAAGAUACCGAGACCAUUAAGAACACAAAAAGAACAAUCAAGGUGCCCCACUCAGUGGACUGCUUGCAGGGCAUUCUCAGUGUGAUCCCCUUACAGUUGCUGGCUUUCCACCUUGCUGUGCUGAGAGGCUACGAUGUUGAUUUCCCCCGGAACCUUGCCAAAUCUGUAACUGUAGAAUAAGGAGCAUCUGAAACUCUGGGCGAUGAAGCAACACAAGACACCUUUUAUAUUUAAAACCUUGAUUUAAAAUAUCACCCCUUUAAGCCUUUUUUAGUAAAUCCUUAUUUAUAUAUCAGUUAUAAUUAUUCUACUCAAUUUGUGAUUUUUGUGAAAUUACUCAUGUUUUUCCAGUAAUUUGUGGAGGAGUUUGAAUAAUGGAAUCUAUAUUGGAAUCGGUAUUAGAAAGAGAUUUAGCUCUCAUUUUCUUUAAAGGAUGCUGAGUGUUGGAUUUCUGGGCCCUCUACUUCAAUCCGAGAGGGUUGUAUGUUGUUUUUAAAAUAAUUGGCGUUUGUUUUACCACGCUUCUAUUCCUUCACCCCAAUGACAGCGGUAAUAUAUGCUAAUAUUUGGACGUUUAAUUAAGGUUUUGCUAAGUUAUACAUAAAGAGAAGAUGCUGUGAUUUAUUUUGAAAUUUGUUUUUAAAUCAAACUGUAAAACUUAAAAACUGAAAACUUUUCUUGGUGGGAUUUCUAUCUAAGUUAGUCUCUCAAACUUGUUGCCUCUUAUCUGUAGGUCGAGGUAACUUAGGAGGCUAAGAAGUCUAGUAGUGCAUUGGUUCUCUCCAGCCCUUAAAAGAAAAUAUUUGCACAGUUUCAUAGCACAAACUUUAAAUUUGAGCUGCUUUGGACAACUGACAAUAUGACUUUAACUUUGAAGAUGAGAUACAUACAUGUUGGAUAUCCUACUCCUUGUUUUUUUCUCCUAAAAUUGGUUUUUAUUUCCUUGUAUCUGUGGUUUUUUUUAAUGGCUGCUGAAUGACGUAUUUUAUCUUGUUCUUUGAAAUCACCACAGAGUUGCUAUCAAGUGUCUCAGAUUAAGUCAGUACUGAUAUAUUCAGAAUUCUCUUCAACUUUGUCCCAAAGAGGAAUUUCCUGAAGUUAAUUUUAACUUUCCUUCACUGCCUUGUUAUAUAAAACCAGUACCUUCCGUACUGGUAGUACAGCCAGUUUGGAAGCUCUUUGCGGUUGUUUGGAAGAUUUACAAGUCUUUUGACUAAUCAUUUGACUCUAAAUGUGUAUGGUGGGCUAGACUUAGGAAAAGCUACAUGCUUUCACUGAUACUAGUGAAGGAUUGCAUCAAAUUUAGAGUUAUUUCCUAGGUAUUUUUCUCUCUGUAUUUUCUGUGUUCUACCCCUGAAACAUGUUUAGGAAGGAAGAAGAUAUAAAUAAAUAAAGUGAUAUUGAGGUGCCUUCAGCUGGUUAGUGUGAGAAAGGGAAAUUCACAAUUUAGAUUAAAAUAUUUAGAGUAGAGUAUUCGUUUGACAUGCAAAAAAUUGUGAGUAGUAAUUUCUUCUUGGAGCUCUUUUGGCCAAAUCUUUGGGGUUAUAGGACAGCGUGUUUAUGUUUUGGUUAACUCCUUUUCUUUCAAGAGUUUUCACUUUUAAAUUGUGAAGGUACGAAAUUUAGCAUAAUUAUUUAAGAAAGCUUAGUCUUUUCCUUUUUCUGUGUUUGAACUUGUUGAGGUUAAGAUUUUCUAAUAGCUAUUGCUGCAAGAGAAACAUAGAAGUCUGCUUGUAUAUUAGGGUUAGAGAAAGAAUUGGCAUAUUUUGAGGUAAUUUGGAAGGACUCGCAUAGAUAGAGACUAGAAACCUGAUUGUUUUUAAAAAUGAAAUAGGGUUAGUAAUUACAUCAUGUACAUAUAGCUACUAGAGCUAUAUAUAUCUAUUUGAAUUGUUUCUAAGAUUAUUUUGUGUAGGCCUGCUAGUUUUAGUAUGUGAAUAGUGUCAGUUCUUAUGUUUUUUGUAUUAGCAUUUUAUGCACAUGAUUUACAUGGGUUUGUAGCAUUUCUCAGUGGUCUAAAGUUUGAGUCAGCAUUCUAAGUGAAAACUAAUAUGUGAAAUCAAUCAUUAGUUUUCACAAACUCUCUGUUUUUCUCUCUCAGACACACACACACAUACAUACACACACACAUUCUUCAAGCUAGGGUAAGUUCUAAACUGAAUAUCAAGAGUUGAAAUUAAGAACAAAGAAGUGAUAUUUUCCAAACAAACAUGGUUUCUCCUCCCUUUCCCUUCUUCUUGCUCCCUACCCUAUUUAAUGUAGUGGUUUUUAAAUGCUUUUAUAAGUAAUUAUGAACACAAAAAAGAUACUGUAAUGAGGCAAAUCACUAAUGAGCGUGCAUGCCCAGUUAAAACCAAUAUAAUAUAGGAUAAGAAAAUCUGAUUUUUCAAGAAAGAUAUUCUACAAAAGGAGUCCUUUAUAUAAAAAGUUAUUUCUUGUAGAGCAUUUAAAGUUUAAAUUCCCUUGUAUGUAACUUGGAGUUCCUUACCCCAGGCCAUGAGCCCUUUUUAGGCCGGGAGUCAUGUGUAACAUCUAACACAUGGCCUAGUAAAUGAUUGUUACUUUGGAGUCAGCCAGCUUUUCUAUCUUUUUUUAAUCACCUGUGCCAUAGGAAUAAAUGAUAGGAGGAGAACUAAUGUUAACUGUUUUUAGUUUGUUAUAACUAUGUCAACAACCAGUUAUGGGCAAGUAACUGUGCGAGGAACUGAAAAAUACAUCUCGUUUACAGCAAAGUGUACUUGUGCCCAGGUGGACUCAGCACUAGUGAAGACUAGGAUCAUUGGAAGGCACAGAGUGAGAGAGUGGAAAAUGGAGUUCAGCUGAGUGGUUAAGUAUUGUGAGUGGACUUGUUCACUUAAGUAAUGGUCUAACAUGUUUAUAAGAGGUGAAAUUCAUUUUGUAGAGUAAGCUGUUAUCACAGGCUAUACAUCCAUAUAUCUGUGGUCCUCUAAGGAAGAGCAGUCAUUAAAUGCAAAGGUGAGAAACAGUCAAGCGUCAGUACUCCUCAGAGGGAACUGACACAGGGUGAUGUGCAGAUGGGUUGUUGGUUAAGAGAGCUGAUACAGAUUUUCUCUCUUAGCUUUCUUGGAAAGUUGUUGCUGAGAUGGUAUUGUCUUAUCCUUUUAAAUACAGGUCUCUUGGCCUGAGUUAAUUUUGAGGACAGGAGGAAAGAAGCCUUUUUUUAGCUCCUUGGUGAUAUUCCUUUGACGCUUAUUUCUAUUAACUCGUCAAAGAAGGAAAAUCAGCUGAAAUGUUUGCUUUAACAUACAUUUUAAGAAGUCCUUUGGGGCGAGUUUUUUCUCAUAUCUUUUUUAAAAAUUAGGAUAUACUAUAGCAAUAAAAGGGAAAGACUAAUGUUAACUAUUUAUUGUGUGCUAUAACUUAGUGAUUUUUCUAAAAAGCACAAUGUCAUUGAAAAGUAUUUAUUGAAAAAAAUUCAUAGCUCACAUUGAAUUUGUGAAGGCCAAAGAAAUUGAAGGGAAUGGUAAAGAUAUUUUAGUCUUAUAUCCACGUAUUAGUAGAUUUUGUAUACCAGAAUUCCAGAUAGAGUGUUUUACCCAUGAAAACAUAUUUCAGAUUGCUUUCUUUGUUUUUAGUGUUAGAGUCUCAAGUUUAGAAGUGGUAACACUUAAAUCAGUUUUUUUCUCCACAAUACUUAAAGAUUGUUAAUACAUCAGUAUUUCCCUAGCUUGAUGAAUUUAACCAUAUCUUCAGAUCUCUGACAUGACAACCGAUAGGACUGGAUAACAUUAGUUUUGAACCAAUAAUAUCCAGGAUUAAAAUAAAAAUCAUAAUUAACUAGCAAGACUAUAAAGUUAUACCAUAUUAACUUUUAAGGCUGUAAUAGCUUGAUAUCAAUGUUAUGGAAGAUACCAUAAAUAAUGACUAAUGAGAACAUUUUAGGGAAUUCUUGAAUUACUUUUCUUACUAGUUUUCAGAAUGAAUAUAGAAAUGAUCCUGUUAG